UCUUUUGCGUGCGUUUAAAUCAAGUAAUCCAAAACAUUUUUAUGCUUGCAGCUCGGUGCGGGCUUUAAUUCGUUUUCGGUUACAUUUAAAUUGUUGGUUUUGUUAAAUCUUGCACAUUUUUUGAGUGGGCCGAGUGAAAGCAAAAGAUAAUGAAAAAUAGAAAAUCGAAUCAUUUACUGACGCUGCUGAUAUUGGGUAGUUGGAUAUUAAUGCUGGGACUUGCUACCGCUUCAGGUCAUGGUGAUCCAUUGGGAGAUGUAGACAAUGUACCGCACAUGCGCAGCAAACGGGGCAUCGUUUGGGAUUUCUUGCAGAAAAUGGUCAUAACAAAGAACCUUAUUGUUGAUCAAUACACAGAUACUCGGAAUACUCUUAAUGAUAUCUACAAUACUGUGAAUGAGCAAUUUAAAGACCCGGCGCCUGCGAAACCUACAAGUCAGCCAAGGCCAACAACGGAAAAGCUGAAUUCUAGUGAUGAAGACAGUAGCAGUGAUCAGUCCACAACAACUACAGAGGGCUACAGUAUUUCUCGCUAUGAGUUGGGCCGUAUUCUGGGCCGGAACUUCCGCGGUAUACAACGUCUGGCCCAGACCGAGCUUAAAGAGGCCAUCAAUGCAACUCACUACAAUCUAAGAGAAUACAAACAGGAAGCGGACAAGCAGUUUGCUAACAGCUUGGGCGUUGAGAAAAAAAACAAGCUGAAAAGUCUGAAGGGCUGAGCUUAGCCAAAAGUACUUGGUGGUCUGACGUUCCACAAAACGCGCUGAGUGCCCAAUUGUAUUCGGCGCAAUGUCUGACGAUCCUAGCUUUUUAAAUGAAUUGCCUAUGUACAGAUGUAACGGUUGUUAUUAUUAUUAUUACUUAGUGAUUGUAUAUAUACAUAUAAAUACAUUGAAUUUUGGCUUAAGACAUGACAACAACAAUACUCAAGCGUGAGACCUAAAAACAGACCCUUUUUGUUCAGUUGUAUAAUAGCUGGAUCACUCGGGCAAUAUUUCUACAGAGAACGUGGAUAUUCCCGUAUACAUAUGGAUAUGUAUAUGUACAUAUAUAUGAUAUGUAUAAUGUUCUGUAAGUUGA